UACAGCUUUAAAAGGCUUGGUGACUCCCUCUUCAUCAGAUACACUUCAACAAACUCUCUCAACACACUUCCUCUCUCAGUUGUAACCAGCACAUGGAAAUGGAGGACCAAAUGGAAAGCCAGAAGAGAAGAGGAAUAAGCAAAGAGGAUUUAAUAUCUGAACGGACAGGGUCUUUGGGAUGCGUUGGUUGGAUCCUAGUCAUACUCUCUGGCAUCUUCACAGCUCUUCUCUUCCCCAUCACCGUCUGGUUUUGUCUGAAGAUUGUUCAGGAGUAUGAGCGCGCAGUUAUCUUCAGACUGGGCCGCAUUACAGACAGGAAGGCUAAAGGACCAGGAAUUUUCUUUGUUAUGCCGUGUACCGAUUCCUUUGUGAAAGUGGAUCUGCGAACAGUUUCAUUUGACAUCCCACCGCAAGAGAUCCUGACCAAAGACUCAGUUACAGUUUCUGUGGACGGAGUGGUGUACUUCCGGGUCAGUGACCCCAUUGCCUCUGUGGCCAACGUGUCUAAUGCUGACUUCUCCACCCGUCUGCUGGCUCAAACCACCCUGAGAAAUGUCCUGGGGACUAAGAACCUGGCUGAGCUCUUAUCUGACCGCGAGGGCAUCGCUCACAACAUGCAGUCCAACCUGGACGAAGCCACAGACAACUGGGGCAUCAAGGUGGAGCGUGUGGAGAUUAAAGAUGUGAAGCUGCCACAUCAGCUGCAGAGAGCUAUGGCUGCCGAAGCAGAGGCUACACGAGAGGCCAGAGCCAAGGUGAUUGCAGCAGAGGGUGAGAUGAAUGCAUCUCGUGCCCUGAAGGAGGCGUCCCUCGUGAUCGCAGAGUCUCCGUCAGGCCUGCAGCUUCGCUACCUGCAGACUCUUAGCACCAUAGCAGCAGAGAAGAACUCCACCAUCAUUUUCCCCCUGCCCAUGGAUAUCAUAUCUCACUUCAUGAAGAAGUGAUACCUCAGUUUGCUCAUCCUCUAAAGGUCACUGCUUAAUGAAACAUGGUAUUGGAUGGGAUCAGGAUACAUGCCUGUGCCUCCUUGGUAAAUAAACUGUCAGGGUGCAAGAUAAUGCUAUUGUUGUAUGGUCGCCAUUUUUUUCAGACUGAUCAUGGAAACAGUUAGUCACGCCGUGACCAGGCCAGGCCUGCUAACCAAUGGGAUUUUGAUUUAAGUCAUAGUAGUCAGCAUGCUAUUGGCAACAUGUAUUAUGAAACUACCAUGGUAUCAUAUGUUGUUAAAACUAUAUGAUACAUAGUGUCUCAUUUAUAAUAGGCUAUUAUAUGAUGUAAUUUUGACCAGUUACAUAUUUUGAUACUGAAAUAAAUGUAAAAUGUUUAAAACAAA